ACGAGAACAGUAAACACAAACGACAGCUUUUACAAACAAAUCACAAAUGUUUUCAUGAAUAGUUAAUCGAUUAAAUGUGAUCUACAAAUCAUUAAAUAUGAAAUAUAAGUAAUAAAUACCUAAAUAAGAACUUUCAAUUUAAAUUGUUCUUUUAUUUAUUUGUAGUGCUAGUUUUCUUUUUGGAUAAUUAAGGCUAUUAACAAUCACUCUGGCUGACUCUUACCCAUGCGUUGACUACUGAAUUACACUGCAAAAAAAAAAAAAAAAAAAAGCUUUUCUUACUUAGAAGUUGUUUCCAGUCCAAAUAUCUAAAAAUUCUUAAAUCCAAAUGCUUUUACUAGAUAAGUAAAAUGACAUAAGAUAUUUUUUCUUGUUUUCUAGAAAAAACUUUCUUACCCCAUUGGCAGAUAAUUUUACUUUGCAGUACAGGAGCUGAUUGAGAUGCACCCAGAGAUUUAGUUGGUAUUUAUUUUUCUUUCUGUUGAUUAUUCUCAUCUUAAAUGUGACAGAUUGUCGAAACACACAGAAAAACUCCUGGUGAAGCGACUGAGAUCCACAUGACACACUACUAUAAAGAUGGCGGUUAUUAAAGAGGAGAGUGAAGACAUGAAGGUGGUGAUUUUUAAAGAGGAGAGUGAGGACAUGAAGAUUGAAGAAGUAUUCAGCGUGAAACAUGAAGAUACUGAGGAACAAAUAGAUCUAAUGGUGCUGAAAGAGGAGAGGGAAGUACUCAAUGCAGAGAAAGAUCAAUAUGAGAAUCUUCAUGAUUUUAUACCUGGAGAAAAAUCUUUUAAAUGCUCACAAACUGAAAAGACUUCCACACAAACUUUCACUUGCAUUCACUGUGGAAAGAGUUUCAAUCAACAAGAAAACCUUAAAGUCCACAUGAGAAUUCACACUGGAGAGAAGCCUAACAGAUCCCUUCAGUGUGGAAAGAGUUUCAAUCAAGAUGGAAGCCUUAAAUUUCAUAUGAGAGUUAACACUGGAAAGAGUCCCUUCACAUGCCAGCAAUGUGGAAACAGUUUCACUCAUAAAGGAAGUCUUAACAGACACAUGAGAGUUCACACCGGAGAGAAGCUUUUCCCAUGCCCUCAGUGUGGAAAAAGAUUUAGUCAACAUGGAAACCUUAAAGUCCACAUGAGACUUCACACUGGAGGGAAGGCUUACACAUGCUCUCCGUGUGGAAAGAAUUUUAAUCAAUUUGCAAACUUUAAAGUCCACAUGAGAAUUCACACUGGAGAGAAGCCUUACACCUGCCAACAGUGUGGAAGAAGUUUCAACAGAAAAGGAAACCUUAAUUACCACAUUAGAGUUCACACUGGAGAGAGCCCUUUCACUUGCCAACAGUGUGGAAUAAGUUUCACUCAAAAAGCAAGCCUGAACAGGCACAUGAGAAUUCACACUGGAGAAAAGCCUUACAUAUGCCAACAGUGUGGAGAGAGUUUUGCUCGACUUGGAAAUCUUAAAGUCCAUAUGAGAGUUCACACUGGAGAGAAGCCUUACACGUGCCUUCAGUGUGGAAAGAGUUUCGAUCGUCAUGGACACCUUAAGAUCCACAUGAGAGUUCACACUGGAGAAAAGCCUUACACAUGCACAAAAUGUGGAAAGAGUUUUGAACAACAUGGAAACCUUAAGGUCCACAUGAGAGUUCACACUGGAGAAAAGCCUUACACAUGCUCUAAGUGUGGAAAGAGUUUCACUCAAAAAAGUCACCUUGAAGUCCACACAAGGAUUCACUCAAGAGAGAACUUUUAAAUGUCAUUCGUGUGGAAUGAGUUUCACAGACAAGAAACAACUUAGGAAUCGUAGUAACACCGGAGAGAAGCCUUUCAUGUGUAAAGAUUUGGAUAAUGGCACUGUUGUAUUCUGUAGAGCUGCUUUAUAGCUGAGUCACAUCUUGCAACAUCAACACUGGUAUCUGAACUGAAUCAGCAAUAAACUGAAUAACUACAUUGCUGUCUUUUGUAGAACUGUUUACAGCUGAAUUGACCUUGUUUUAAAUGUUAUAGAUCUUAACUCACUUGAGCUAAAUAAAUAACACUAUUGUCUUUUA